CAGGCCGCAGGACCUCAGACACCUGAGGAAUACUGGGGGAAAUAUCAUCAGCCUCACAUUGACCACAGGAAGUACAAAUAUCCCUGAAACAGAUUCAUCGGGAGGAUAGAUGCGAUGAAGCCGAUGAUUGGGAGAAAUGUACUGAGCUUUUGAAGGCCAUAAGAUGGAACCCAGCUGAAAACAGCUCAUCUAGUGGCUAGCAAAAGUUUGAGUGGUUGAAAGGACACCAACACUCGAAUUAUCAAGUAAGCGAUCGUAAGAAGAGGACUUUAAAUCGACCACUGUGAUACAGCUUUCUGAGAAAAAAAAUGGCAGAAAGAAUAUUGACGACAAUCUCAUCCAUUACCCGUAAUAAGGACCCCUUCGAACUCCCCGGAAAAUAUAAGUUCCUGAGGGUUCUGGGACAAGGCGGCUUUGGACUGGUGCUGAAAUGUCUUAAGAAAGACACGAAAGACAUUGUGGCUGUUAAGCUCCCCAAACACGACCACAACGAUUCUGACAUCAGGGAGUUUUCUAUGCUGCAGAACCUGAUGCACCACAACUUGGACAAAUGCAACAUUGUCAAGUUUUAUGAUUGGUUUGAGGUGAGAAAUGGAAAGGCGCUGGUCUUCGAGUCGUUGGACAUCAGCCUAGACGAGUACAUUCACUAUAAUCACCCAUUAUGUCUGAGUAAAAUCAGACUCAUCACCCAACAGUUGGCCACAGCAUUCGAUGCACUCAAGAGAAUCAGAGUGAUCCAUACCGAUGUCAAACCAGACAAUAUUAUGGUGGUGAAUCGCUGGACCAAUCCCAUCAGAGUCAAGCUGAUAGACUUCGGCUUGGCCAUCCCUGCAACUCAAACCAGGACGGGCAUGAGAUUGCAGACAGUUUUCUUCAGGGCUCCGGAAAUCAUUUUGGGCCUUCCGUUUUCGGAGGCCAUCGAUAUGUGGUCCCUGGGAGGUGUGCUGGCUGCCAUGAUCCUGGGCUAUAUACUGUUUCCUGGAAAAGAUGAAUAUGAAGCACUGCGAUUCAUGACUCAACUCCUGGGUCAGCCGGCGGACGAUCUUCUGAGGAAGGGAAGGAAAACAGACUUUUUUUUCAAUAAGACUGACACCAACAGCUGGAGGCUAAUGACACCUGAGGAGUACUGGGGGAAGGAUUCUCAGUCUUACGUAGACCGCAGGAUGUACAAAUAUGCCUCUCUGGAUUACCUGAAACAGAUUCGUCGGGAGGAUAAAUUGGAUGAAGCUGCGGAACGGGAGAAAUGCAUUGAGCUUUUGAAGGGCAUGCUCAAAAUAGAUGAGGCUGAGAGGAUUACCCCCAGUGAAGUCCUCACCCAUCCCUUCAUUGCACAGGGCUGCAACAACUCUUGCAAUGAAGCUCCAGAGGCAGCAGCUGCUCAACCCAGCCAGACCCAGACCCAGACCCAGACCGAGUCCGAAGUGCCAACAGAGAGGACCACAGCAGAUGAGAGCACACGUGGAGCCCUCAGUUUAACUUCCACGCAGCGGCCGUUGAGUCAGGAGAGCGCAAUCAGUGAGGUGCUAUCUUCAACCAGUGAGCACCCUGUUUGCGUCCCUCCUGCCCCAUCUCUGAUGGAUGAAGCCACUAGCAUCCACCCAGACCACCACAGUCGCUCUCCAAAAAUUUCACGGACGGUUGCCAUUAUUGUUCGUCCCGCCACAGCCGAGAACACCGUGACACUGGAGAGUGAGGAGAGUGACACCAGUUCGCAGUCUUGGAUGUCAGAGUCUUCACUGGAAGUCAGUGACAGUGACAGUGAGAUGUCUUGGACAUCUGAGGACUCCACCUCAUCUGAUGACUCCGGGACCACAGAGGAGGAAGACAAAAAGAUGAAGAAGAAGAAGAAGAAGAACUGCUUCCGGCGCUUCUUCUCCUGGAUGAAGAAAAACUUUUGCUGCUGCUGCACCGGUGUCCAAGAGGACGAUUAAGGUAAGAAGGGAGGAUCUGUGAAGGUUUUUAUAGCAUGAUUUUCUAUAAAAAUCUUCACAGAUCUUCAAAGUAAGUUGGACACUCUAAAUUGCAUAGGAAGUAUUCAGUGAAGAAAAUACUGACAUGUAAUUUUACAAAUGUGUCUCGUGGCUUUUAUGGUGGCUUUCAUCAUCUUCCAGAUUUGGUCCAGGGGGCAGACACCCUCUCUACGUUUAAGAGUAGGCAUAAAACUUUCCUUUUUGACAAA